CCAACAGCCCAGACCACAAAGAGCAGCAGUCGCAGUCAGUCGCACCACCGAUCCACCGAUCCACUGAUCCACCGCUGUUGCUUUUUUUGCACACAAAAAAGAAAGAGAUCCAUUUUUUUUUUCCGCUGUUUACAUUUUGGCCAAAACGCCACACCCACACACUCCCACGUCCCGCUCACACACACACACAGCCACACACGCUAUAAAGACAACAUGAGGCAGCCAAGUAGACAGCACAUCCUGGCGCUCCUGAUCCUCGGCAGCGCCGCCUGCCUCAUCAGCGCCGUGCCGCUGCCCGCCAACAGCAACUCCGAGCUGGACGUCCUCCAAAUCCCGCUGGCCAAUGGCAAGGAAAUCGAUGUCUUGACAUUGGGCGCCAAAGACCAAGAAACAUUGAUAGCCGAUCGCAACAAACGAACGAUUGGACUGCUGCGCGAACUCUUCCCCGACAUCACCAAGCAAAUCGAUGAGCAGGCGAACCGCAUCAUCUCCAAGCUGCUGAGAACCUUGGGACCCACGGUUCUGCGCACCGCCAUCCAGGGCAACACUGCGAAUGCGGCCAGGACCAGUUUCGAUGCCGACUUCGAUGAUGAUGACGAUGAGAGCUCCAAGAGCAGCAGCAGCAGCACCACCACAUCCAGUGGCGAUAGUGGCACCCGUGUGACCAUCGAACUGCCCACCUUCGAGCCCGAUGAUGACAACGAGAUCGAUGCGGAGAAGAGCAGUUCCAGCUCCACCAGUACCAGUUCCAGCUCCACCAGUACCACCACCACUGAGUCCACCUAAAGUGCGUUUCGUUUGCUACAACAACUGUGAGAUACUCGCAAAUGUAAUACACAGAGAAAAAAUAUCACCAAGCCGUGGCAACACAGCAUGUCGCUAAAAUCUUAAACGUUUUCUAGUUGCUUUCAAAGAUGUUCAAAAGUAUGCAGGCAGAUAUUUUAUAAAUUGAAAUUCCAUAAAUUCAUUCGAAAAUAUGGCAUUUCAUUUUGCACUGCACACUUUUUGGACUUCUAUAAGUAAACUCAAAAUUUUGUUGGCACGCCUGUAUGCAACUUUCGGUUGAUAUUCGAAAACUCUGUGAAGAAGAACUUUUGAAUUGGCAUUUACAAUUGGUUUCUCUUUUCCUCAAAAUUUCUCCGCGCAGCACAACAACAGCCACCCAACCACCCACUACAGAAAUUGAAAUAAAUAUUAAAGGAGAAUGAUCAAAUGAAAGUGAAGUUCUCAUUGAAUUGGCAUUGUUAACCAACACUUGAUUGUUUUGAAAUUACCUUUAGCACACUGGUUUCCAGAAACAUGCAUACUCACCAGUCUUCUCUCUCUCCCUAUCUCUCUAUCUCUGUCUCUGUCUCUUGUUUCCAACCUUCAUGCCUUUGUCUCUCUCGCUCGCUCUCCGUUCUCCUCUGUCUCUUUCUCUCUAGCGCUAUUUUCCAUCUUCUUUUCCAACUUUCCCCUGGCAUCCACUUUCAAAACUAUGAAUGUACUAUAUUUUCUGUUGCAACCUAUCCUGCCUUCUCAUGCGCACCCUCAUAUUCCACUUAGGUUAGUAGGUGUUUUUUUAAAAAUUACAAUUUAUAUAUUUUACAUUUUACAUUUAUAUUGUAUUAGUUGUGUAAGUCAUUUUUUAAUACAUUUCCAAAUAUACCAAUACCAAUUGUAUCCUCUGCGACUUUUUGCUCAAAACCGAAAUUUCACGUCUUUAGUGAUCUCAAAACUUUACAAAUUGUGUCUGAAGGCAUGCAUCUUUGUAUAUACCACCAUUAAUAAUCCCCUACCUGCUUUCAGACAUAUUUUUUGAGAGUUUUGAUAUACCUAGAGAUUUUCGAAACCCCGAAAUAAAAAUUCCAUACACACUUUUGGUGCCAAGACAGACUCGAAAAAAAGCGUAUAAAAUACCCAUUUAUCUCCAUUGUUCACUUUUGAUGCAAAGGUAACUUGUAGGUUUGGUUGGGUGUUCUUCCUACCACAGCACUCGUCUGUACACUCACCACACUUUCGAGUGCAUUCACAUACUCAGCUAUCUUUGCGAUCAUCCUCAGAUAUAUCCGUAACUCAGUGUACUCUCAUUUCCGCACUCAUUUUCGCCGUCCUCGAUUUUCCGCCCGCCGCAGAAUAAAGAAGCAAAAACAAAAGAGUUGACAAGGAUUUUCACGUUUAUUUUAUUUGUUGGCAAAGAAAGAGAUUCAAUUGUUAGCUUUUUUAGUACCUUAACGCAUAAAUGUAAACCCAAGGAAGCGUAUACGUAUAGUCGAUGUCUGAUCAAGUGGAUUUCUAGACUAAGCGCUCCUCUCUAACUCUCUCUAUCUCUUUCAAUCUGUGCUGUCUCGCUCCUUUUGUUUUUCUCUUUUGCUUAUUUUUGUAUCUUUUUCUCUUUAUUUUCAUGUUCCAUUAAAAACCCGAUUCGAUUUGUGCAAUGCAAAUAACUCACCACCAAAACAAUCAAAUCAAAUCAAUCAAAAAAAUUACGAACAACGAUCCACCGAAAACUGAUAACCGAUAACUGAUCACUGAUAACUGAUACCUGGUAACCGAUAACUGACAACCGCCAAAUGUAUACACAAAUACAUCGAACGCAUUUUGUGCACGUCUUUGAUAACUGCCCAUCAAUUAAUCGAUCGAUUUCGAAACCACAAUCGACAACAAUCGACAAAAUCGCCUGUGCAAAUGAUCAACCAAAACCACCUAACCUGUUUGUCUCCACCUAACCCCACAUUCACCCUAACCUCACAAACUAUGAAAUAACCUCACUUUUCGUGAACUCACCAAAUCUGAAAAAACACUGGAAAAAACAAAAACGAAAACGAAACCAAAACCAAAACGAAACGAAACACACACAAAACAUACUGUUGAACACACAUUACUCUUCUCCAAAAUCCUACGCUUUGCCUUUCCCUCCACCCCUCCACCCCUUGGGCUUCCCCACCACCCUUGAACCACCCACAAUUCCCCCCCCCUUCCCCUUCCCCCACACGCACAUAAUCAAUCUUAAAAUUCCAAAUUUCUAAACAUACACGCACAAUAAAAAACAAUGCAACAAAUGCCCUACCAAAUACCAAAAAAAAUAUCGCAAAAAAUCAAAUGACAAAAAUGCAAAACGCAAAAACCCACUGAAAACCCAAAAGAAUGGAGCCACCGAUACCC